AUGGAUAAUGCCAACCUGUGGACUCGUCGAGCAAACUCCUCCAAACUGUCUUUGUCCAUGUCCGGGACGGACGGCAAGGACGGUGCCCGCGUCGAGCUGCCCCGAUCAUCCAAACGGUUCGCCCCUGACAGCUCCCAUGGCCGGUCAAAUCCCUUUAAUGCGAUCUCCCCGCUAUCCGGCGGCGGCGUCUCCUCGCCUUCCACCAAUGCCUCAUCCGCAUUCGGGCUCGGCUCCGGCGCCUUCGCCUCGUUCGGCGCGCCCAAAACACCGGCUGGCUCGUCAGAAGUAAAGACCCCGGGCGAGAAGCGCGAUCUCUCAGUAGAGCAUGAGGAACUGUCUAGGUCCAAGGCCCUUGCCAACGCUCCCGCUGGUCCCGGAGAGCAUGCGCUGAAGUCUAUCUGGAUCGUCUGGUACCGCCCACCCACACCCAAGUACUCCGACUAUGAGAAGUCCACAGUGCCCCUUGCCUCGAUAUCAUCGGUGGAGAGCUUCUGGGCGGUGUAUUCUCACCUCAAGCGGCCAUCGCUGCUCCCCACGGUGUCCGACUACCACAUCUUUAAGAAGGGUAUCCGCCCCGUGUGGGAAGAUGAAGCGAACAAGCGAGGUGGCAAGUGGAUCGUCCGGCUGAAGAAGGGCGUGGCUGAUCGGUACUGGGAGGACCUGCUGCUAGCCAUGGUUGGCGACCAGUUCGCCGAGGCUGGCGACGAAGUCUGCGGUGCUGUGCUGAGCGUGCGGGGUGGCGAGGAUGUGUUGAGCGUGUGGACGAAAAUCGAUGGCGGGCGAAACAUUAAGAUCAGAGAAACGAUCAAGCGCCUGCUCGCCUUCCCCGCAGACACCAACAUCGUCUGGAAGAGCCACGACGACAGCAUCGCCCAACGUUCCGCUAUCGACCAGGCUCGCCACGAGAAGGCCCAUACUGGCGGCUCUAACCCAACGGCUCUCCAGGGAUCGGAGCGCCGGCGCACCGGCCAUGACGAGUCGGACAAAGGCAAGGGGAGCACAGCCCUAUGA